AAAAUUUCUGGAUCAGCCCUCUUUCCUUCAUUUCUUUCCAUAGAAAAUUUUUACUUUCAUUUCUUCUUCAGCUCCAUUGCUUGGAUCUUCAUUCCUUUUUCUACUGAUUUGUUUUUUUUUUCUUGUAAUCAUUUUCCAUCUGGGUUUUCGAUUUCAUACAUUGGGUUGGUUUCAGAUCUUCGAAACUCCCAAGUAAAAAUGUUGGAUCCGAGUGAAAAAGGAUCAAAUUCUAAAGAUCCAAACAGGAAACCCCCAGAAACCAUUUCACCAAAAAUAACUCAAAAUCAAAUAAUUUGCAAUGAACAAAUCAAGAAAACUUGUGCUAAUUGUGGUACUUCUAAAACCCCCCUUUGGAGAGGUGGGCCAGCUGGUCCCAAGUCUUUGUGCAAUGCUUGUGGGAUCAAAAGCAGGAAAAAAAGAAGGGCAGUUUUAGACAAGAAAUCAAAGAACCCUAAAAAUUUAGGGGAUAAUUUAAAGCAAAGAUUGAUAUCUUUGGGAAGAAAAGUUUUGAUGCAAAAAUCAACCGUUGAGAAUCAAAUGAGAAAAUUAGGAGAAGAAGAACAAGCUGCUCUUCUAUUAAUGGCUCUUUCUUAUGGUUCUGUUUAUGCUUAGGGUUUUUUUUUAGCUAAAAUAAUAGGAUCUUUAAAGGGUAUCUAACCAUUAUUAAGUGUAAUUUUUGGUUAUAUUUCCUUAAUUCUUUUAAUGGAAAAGUAUUUUAAUUAACUGUGUUGUUGGAAGAAUUUAAGGAAAGUGUAAGAAAAUUCGGAAAUUU